UAAAAAAAAUAAAAACACUUCAGUUGCAAACGAAUAAUGUCAAGCCGGUUUCAGAGACUUUUACUUGCUUUAAUUUUAAUUACAAUAAAUUCAAUAAAAUGUAGUUAUACUUACUUCGCUAUAGAACAAUGUCCCGGAACUGAUGUUCCCAAUAUAAGACAUCAAACACAAUUCAACGAAAUUUCGGUAAUAUUCUAUUACACCCAAUGGAGUGAGGAGAGUUUAGAAGCAUUAAAACAUUACAAUGAUGUGGCAGAACAUUUUGGAGAUCGGGUAUAUUUUGCAGCCGUAGAUUGUUGGCAUUUGGCGUGUAAUUGCUCUAAAACUUUAACAAUCACAGUAGGAUCGGGUUCUCCACACAAAUGGCCAACAUUAAUGGUACAUUACGGACGUCAGGGACAAUUGAAAAUUCAAUAUAAUGGUCUAUUUACCUAUAGAGCUAUGGUACAAUUUCUCAAAAAUGUAAUGCAACCAUUAGAACGUUUAGCAAAUAGACAGGAAUUGGAUCAAAUGAAAGCGUCAACAGAUGCAAUUGUCAUGGGAGUAUUUGAAAAUGCAAAUGUUAAGGAAUAUAAACAGUAUUUAAUGGCAUCUUUGAAGUGGUUGGAGCAUGACCCCAUACGCUCGUAUUGUUUUAUAGUAAAUUUUGUUAAACCCAAUGAUACAAACGUUAAAGUACCCAAUUUGUUGUUACAAAAUCAUAAGACUAAAAAAUCUUUUGUGGACUAUCAUGACUUCAAAUGGAAUGCCAGCAAUAUAGUGCAAUGGUUACAAGAUGAUCUUAAUGAUGAUUACAGUCUCCUGCAUGGUUAUACUACACCUAUAACAAUUGCUCAAAAAAUUAAAAAGCAACCGGUAUUGGUUAUUUUUGUAAAUCAGCCACAACAAUUUUUUGGCUACAUGGAGAAAUAUGUCGACAAAAAGCAGCACUUUACAAAGGCCUCAUUAGUUUGUAAAAAGUCAUACAAGAGAAAAGUAAAAAUAGGCAAUAGCCAGCAUGUUAUACGUAAUUUACCAAUAUUUAGUGAUAGUCGUUAUUGUCAUUAUUAUAAUCCAGUUUUAGUAUUGAAAAAUCUUUACAAUUAUUAUGAAAUCAAUCAUUAUAUGAAAGAGCUAUAUCAACAAUUUGCCAAUCCCGCUUUAAGCCAACAAAGUUAUAAUCCCACUAAAGAAAUUUAUGAACUAUUAGAUUUUUACCAACACACAGAAUGUAUAUUGAAAAAAGAUAUUGCUUUGCAAACAACUUUACACAUUAGUGUGGUAAAAAGAUUGGAUGGUUAUUUAAAUAAUGAACAACACCUACAAAACAGCAAUCGUUCCUUGGCCACGGUGCUAUUGGAUACACAACGUUAUCAAGACUAUUUGGAAAAUCUUGAUAUAACACCCACCCCCAAAAGUAUGGCCACUGUUAUUCUCAUAGACCAGGAAAAGGAAAAUAUGUUUAUCAUGGAGGAUACAUUUGCCAUGUACAAUUUAAUGGAAUUUGUUAAGAAAUUCUACAAUAAUGGUUUAACUAAUUAUUAUAAAAAUAAAGAAAACAUUCCAGCCAAUAGCUUAACUCGUUCGUCCUAUACCUUUAACUAUGAUAUAGAAUUAAAACACUUAAAUCGUGUAAUAUUUUUAAAUAAUCUACAACACAGCCACAAUCAAACUUUAAUAGUUUUAAUAUAUUCACCCGAUUGUGCUUUAUGCGGUAAUAUACAACAUUCCUUUAUACAACUCUCUUUAUUACUACGUCAUAUACCAGACUUGAAUUUUAUACGCAUUAAUGUCAUGGACAAUGAUUUACCUUGGCAAUAUAAUAUGCCUUUUCUGCCUGCUCUACUAGUAUUUCCAGAACAGCGUUUUUCCGAAUCACGUAUGUUUCCUUUGCACUUGAAGCCUGAUAUACGUAAUGUUUUUGGUUUUAUACUAUCACAACUUAAGGCCCAGCAACAGGUUAGUCUUGUAUUGGCCAUGUGUCAGAGAGGAUCAUUGCCAGCGGUACACUCGCAAAGUUGUUGGCAAUUUGCUAAAACUAUAUUGAUGCAGCAUAUAGGAAAACACUUGCAAUAUUGGCAAAUGUUUGAAGCUGAGCGCAGUUUAAUCUUUGAACGUUUACGUGCCUUUAAAGAUAUGAGUUUAGAUAUACAACGUAAUUUAAGACUGUAAUCGAAACAAAUACUUACAUACAUGUACAUACAAAAUAAAUAAUGUUGAAAUAAUAAUAAUAUAAAAAUAGGUCUCAAUAGUUUUGUUCCAAUACUGGUUAGGUUUCAGGUUGUACAGUAAAGUGGUAGUCGCAUAGACAAGCCAUAGAUUAAACUAAAUUUGAAAUUUCAAAAAUAAGUAUAUGUUCGUUGAUUCUUACCAGAAUUAAUUCUUAAGUAGCUCUAACUAAGAACCUACAAAUAUAGAAAUAAACUAAACAUUCAUUUAUUAAUAUAUAAUAUUUAUUAAUAUAAAAAUUUUCAGUUCUUUUUUAUUAUGCUCUAUUAUUUACAUAUUUAUU